GGAAAUCGAAGCAUCGGGCUCACAAAAUGCUACAAUAUCCGAGUCUACUAAUACUAUCUGGUUUACUGAUUAGUAGCAUCAUGAGAGUUGACGCGUUGACGUUGAAGUCGACUAGUAUUGCUCGGCUAUUAACACCAUCAUCAAACGUCCACCAAGUCCGCGAGCAAGCUCGCAUCCAUCCUUCAAUUAUAAGCUGGUCAAGGCAAGGUAUGCACGAUGAAAGGUAUUUGCGAUGGAUGAGAUCUCGACUUGGACAUAUACACCAUCUACUGGUAUAUGUAUGCCCAACUGUCUGCAGACUAAUAUCGCUCCUCCCGUUGGGUAUCUUGUCCCCUUUCCAGUCCACAUCUGGUUCAGCACCCAUACCCAUCUAUCCUUGACGCAUACUCGCAGGUCACUUCGUCGCCCGACUUAUCCACGUAGUCGCAAACUGUAUACCCGUUCUCGGACCUCACAUAUUCACUGACUAGCGUGUAGGUCGCCACACCGUCGACCUCCAAAGUUUGUUGACAUGUUGCACAUCCCGCGUUGGCGCCAGCGAGGAAGGUGAGCAGCGCAAGAAUAGUGAAGCGAGCAGUGAACAUCAUGGAGCUUGUUGCAGUGAAUGGUGCAGUGAAUGGUGCAAGUCUAUAACGUGCAGGUAUUUUAUAGGCUGAACUUACUGGGCCCGACGUGCUUUCGCUUCGCCUCGGCUUCAAAUGCGACCCUAGAC